AAUGACAACAGUAACAGUGACCACAGAAGUUCCCUCCAGGGGUAAGACAGAAGAUAAUCCCGCCUUGUAUGAGUUGACAGCAGCUCACAUUAUUGAAGAAACUGAAUAUGUGCGAAAGAUUCGAACUACUCUAGAAAAGAUCCGAAAUCAAAUGUAUAAAGAUGAAGUGGGACGUAACAGUACAAAUCAUAAACUAGAUGCAAAGCGCUGUGGAAACACUCAGAAUGGCUCUGAUGCUGAAACGGAUCCCUCUUCUUGUAGCUGGGAUUCACUCAUGGAAAAGAUGAAAGGGAAAGACCUACAGCUCUUAGAAGUGAACAAAGAAAAUGAAGUAUUGAAAAUCAAGCUGGAAGCCUCCAGAGAGGCAGGAGCAGCGGCUCUGAGAAACGUGGCCCAGAGAUUAUUUCAAAACUACCAAGCACAAUCUGAAGAAGUCAGGAAAAAGCAUGAAGACAGUAAACGCUUACUCCAGGUUAACAAGCUUGAAAAAGAACAGAAAUUGCAACAACAUGUUGGAAAUCUCAGUCAAGUUGCUGAAAAACUUGAAGAAAAACACAGUCAAGUCACAGAAUUGGAGAACCUUGUCCAGAGAAUGGAAAAGGAAAAGAGAACACUAAUAGAAAGAAAACUGUCUUUGGAAAACAAGCUGCUGCAUCUCAAAUCCACAGCUACUUAUGCUAAAAGUUGCCAGGAUCUUCAAAUGGAGAUUUCCAUUCUCCAGGAGCAGAUCUCUCAUCUGCAGUGUGUGAUUCACUCCCAGCAUCAGAACCUGCGCAGUGUCAUCCAGGAG